AUGUAUGUAGAUCUGCCUGGAUUUAUUAGUCCAUCUGUCAUCACUGGUGACGAGUUACGACCAGACCUUCUAUUGACAAUUGAAAAUAAGAUUUUGUACAUUCUUGAAUUAACUGUUGGAUUUGAAACAAACCUGAAAACUAACUCAGAUCGAAAACAUGAAAAAUAUUUGACUCUAAUUACCGAUCAAGAAAAUAUAUGUGAUGAAGUUAAGUUUGUUAAUGCAUCUAUAAGCUCUUUAGGUGUAUUUGGUGAAUCGACGAAUACUUUAUUUGAUAUGCUCCAUGAUCUGAAGUAUGACGAACAAU